GGACCGCCCAGCCCGGGGAGGGCCCGGCCGGCGCGGCCUCGGCCGCCCCAAGUUUGGCAGCCGCACUAGUCGCCGGGCGGCGGCGGCGGCCGGGCCGCCAUGGAGGAGGAGCGGGGGUCGGCGCCCGCGGGGUCGGCGCUGGAGAAGAACGUGGCCGAGCUGACCGUCAUGGACGUGUACGACAUCGCGUCGCUCGUGGGCCACGAGUUCGAGCGGGUCAUCGACCAGCACGGCUGCGAGGCCAUCGCGCGCCUCAUGCCCAAGGUCGUGCGGGUCCUGGAGAUCCUGGAGGUGCUGGUCAGCCGCCACCACGUCGCGCCCGAGCUGGACGAGCUGCGCCUGGAGCUCGACCGCCUGCGCGUGGAGCGCAUGGACCGCAUCGAGAAGGAGCGCAAGCAUCAGAAGGAGCUGGAGCUGGUGGAGGACGUGUGGCGUGGGGAGGCCCAGGACCUCCUCUCGCAGAUCGCCCAGCUGCAGGAAGAGAACAAGCAGCUCAUGACCAACCUCAACCACAAGGAUGUGGGCUUCUCUGAGGACGAGUUCCAGAAGCAUGAAGGCAUGUCGGAGCGGGAGCGGCAGGUGAUGAAGAAGCUGAAGGAGGUGGUGGACAAGCAGCGGGAUGAGAUCCGCGCCAAGGACCGGGAGCUGGGCCUGAAAAACGAGGACGUGGAGGCCCUACAGCAGCAGCAGACGCGGCUCAUGAAAAUCAACCAUGACCUGCGGCACCGGGUCACCGUGGUGGAGGCCCAAGGAAAGGCUCUGAUCGAGCAGAAGGUGGAACUGGAGGCAGAUCUGCAGACCAAGGAGCAGGAGAUGGGCAGCCUGCGGGCGGAACUGGGGAAGCUCCGGGAGCGGCUGCAGGGGGAGCUCAGGCCGAAUGGAGAGGAGGAGCCGGAGAUGGAGCCCAGCGGAGAGGAGGGCGUCUCAGAUGCGGAGAAGGCCGCCCUGGAUCUCAAGGACCCCAACCGCCCCCGGUUCACGCUGCAGGAGCUGCGGGACGUGCUGCAUGAGAGGAAUGAGCUCAAGUCCAAGGUAUUCUUGCUGCAGGAGGAACUGGCUUACUAUAAGAGCGAAGAAUUAGAAGAGGAAAAUCGAAUACCCCCUCCUCCACCCAUGGCACACCCGAGAAUGUCCCCCCAGCCGGAGUCUGGGAUCAAGCGACUGUUUAGCUUCUUCUCUCGGGACAAGAAGCGCCUGGCCAACACGCAGAGAAACUCACACAUCCACGAGUCCUUUGGCCAGUGGGCAAACACUCACCGAGACGACGGGUACACGGAGCAAGGGCAGGAAGCCCUGCAGCACCUGUGACCUGUGACCUGUGACCUUGGCCCCCUUGGACCCAGAUGUGUCCUCAGCCUGUGUGGCAUUACUGCCUCAUGCCUCUGGGGGCAGGGGCACCCUCAAAAUGGACCUCAAACAAACUGUCGUUGAGGAUGGACCUUGGAGAACUGAUGCCAAAUUCUAAAGAAAGGUUUAUUUAUGUCCAGGGCUAUCACCAUUUAUAAUAGAUGCCUCUGACCCUUAGGAUAUAUAUUUAAUAGUCCUGUGAACUGAAGCCAGCUAUUGCGUUAACUUUAGUAACCAACUUCUUCCAGCCAAAUACAUCACUCGCCGUUCUAAUCGCUACGUGACUUGCUUUGUAUAGUUUUAGUAUAGUAGAGGUUUCAUGGGCGCCUUUGUUGUGCUUGAGCGGGAGGCAGCUUUUCAUGAUUGUGAGAUUGUCAGGGAAAUAGUUGUUGCACAGGAUUGAUCGACUAGACACAGAGUGAGCAACUCCAGCUCCAGCACUCACGGACACGAUGCCAGUCCUCCCUCUCAACCCUGCAAGAGGCAGCAGCCGCGCCGGAGCAGGCUGGCUUGGGCCCGGCGGAGGAAGUGUGCCUUGCAACCGCUUUGGGUUAGCACUGACCAAACAUGCCGAGAAUGAUGCUGUGA